AUUCGUCUCGCUGCAAUUGGAGUAUCGUACAUGUGACAAGACAGGCUCCGAAACACGCGUGCCGACUACCGAGACGCGUCAAGUGUAACCUUUUGUUCGGAGCACGCCGGUCGGCCGUAGAAACAAUGUCGUGGUUAUUCGGCUAUCGUAAUUCACAACCGCCGCAGGACUUCACGCAUUUCGUGCAGCCGCCACCACCGGCAGGCGACGGCGGAGGCGGCAGCGGUAGCGGCAGCGGCGGUGGCGGUGGCGGUUUGCCACCCAGGAUCGGCAGCAGUAUGGAAGCGUAUAGAUUUGACUCGAGCGCGUUGGAACGAGCCGCUGCGGCCGCCAAGGAACUCGAACGAUCCAAGCAUGCGAAAGAAGCUUUGGAUUUAUCCAAGAUGCAGGAAACCACGAAACAGGUGGAAUUUCAAACCGAAUUGAAGAAAUACGAAGCUAGCAUUGAACAACUUAAAACAGAACAAAAACGAGUGGAGGGUGACGAAAGAAGAAAGACAAUACAGGAAGAGACAAAGCAGCACCAAAUGAGAGCACAAUAUCAAGACCAAUUGGCUAGAAAGCGCUAUGAAGAGCAAUUGAUGCAGCAACAAAAGAUGAACGACGAGAAUCUGAGAAGACAAGAGGAAUCGGUAGCCAAGCAAGAAGCCAUGAGAAAAGCUACGAUAGAGCACGAGAUGGAAUUGAGGCAUAAGAACGAGAUGAGAAAAUUGGAGGCGGAAUUGAAAGCCAAAGCGAAGGUUGACAGAGAAAACCAGGAUCUCAAUUUAGAACAAAUUAGAUUAAAAGCUUCGGAAAAGAGAAUUACUGUUUUAGAGUCGAUAAAAACAGCUGGCUCAGUAUUAGGCUCGGGUGCCAAAGCUUUACUGGAAGAUUGGGACAAGAUUCUUGCGGCAGCAGGUGGCCUGUCUCUCGUAGCCUUCGGAAUAUACACUGCCAAGGGCUCGACUAGCGUGGCAACGCGUUACAUCGAGUCUCGUUUAGGAAAACCAUCGUUGGUGCGGGAGACUUCGAGAUUUACAUUCCUCGAUACCGUUCGGCAUCCCAUUCAAGCGGUUAAAAAGCUAAAGAGCAAACAGACUGACGCACUAUCCGGCGUGAUCCUGGCACCAAAGCUCGAGGAGAGAUUACGUGAUGUUGCGAUAGCCACGAAGAACACAAAAUAUAAUCGCGGCAUGUACAGGAACAUACUGAUGCAUGGUCCACCGGGUACCGGCAAGACAAUGUUUGCGAAGAAGCUGGCAGAACACUCGGGCAUGGACUAUGCAAUCGUGACGGGUGGUGAUCUGGCGCCAUUGGGAAGAGACGGCGUAACUGCCAUUCACAAGGUGUUUGAUUGGGCAUUGACAUCUCGCAAGGGAUUGCUGUUGUUCAUCGAUGAGGCGGAUGCGUUCCUGAGAAAACGCUCGAGCGAGCACAUUUCGGAAGAUCUUCGAGCAAUGUUGAACGCAUUUUUAUACAGAACCGGUGAACAGAGCAAUAAAUUUAUGCUGGUGCUAGCAUCAAAUACACCGGAACAGUUUGAUUGGGCGGUGAAUGAUCGACUGGACGAGAUGGUGGAGUUCCGUCUUCCGGGUCGUGAGGAGCGCGAGCGUUUGGUCCGCCUCUAUUUUGACAAAUUUGUUCUCCAACCGGCGAUCGAGGGUAACAAAAGAUUGAAAAUUGCGCAGUUUGACUACAGUUCGCUGUGCAGUAAAAUGGCCGAUCUGACAGAGGGAAUGUCUGGUCGAGAGUUGGCGAAACUCGGAGUCACCUGGCAAGCGGCAGCUUAUGCCUCGGAGGAUGGUGUUUUAACAGAAAAAAUGGUUAUGGACAGGUGUCUCGAAGCCAUUAAACAGCAUAAGCAGAAGGUACAAUGGCAGAGCGAACAGGAGAAGCAGGAGUCGAAGUCGAUAUAUGCCACGGAAGACGAUGCAGUCAUUCGCUCAAAAACUCCAGCGAUAGAGUCGUGUCCUGGAAACACGAUAGCCCCAGCUUAGAUAAUUACAAGAGUGUAACUGUUGAUAAUCUUUGAUAGUCGGGCUAAUGGAUAGUGCUAAGGAUGGGGAAGAGUACAAAUACCGCUCGAAAAAGGAUUAUUCCGAUUUGCGAUUUUUGUAUUUAUCAUAAUGCGCAAGCAAGUUCGCAGGGCUCAACGAGUCGUAAAUGUCACUUGUUACAAAUGUACAUUUAUUAGGAUAAUUAAAUCAUAAUUCUACUAUGGCGUUUUAUCAUCUUCCGUAAUUUACUUCUUUCCCUCUGUGACAUGAAAGUGCAGCGAUCGAUUGUAAAUUAAACGAUAAUUUUUUUGGAGUAAUGAAGAAGUAAAAUCGUUAAUUUAUUAAUAUUUAUUGUAGAAAAAAU